CUGGCUCGUCUUCGUCUGCAGACAUUGGAGCCACAGCAAUGCUUUUGGAGCUUUCCUUAUCCUUUAAUAACAGCUUCUGGUUCUUCUUUUCAGAUCUGUGAAUCACUGACAAGCACAACUCCUCCUCCUCCUCCUAUUACCCAGGGACUGACGGCACUGAAACCUGCAGCAUCAAGGCUACUGAGGGAUGAAAUGAGGCUUGUGUGCUUCUGGCAGAGCUACACAGUUGCCUGUCUCACAUUUUCUCUUUUUUUCAAAUGGAGCAAGAAUUUGGAGUCUUGCUUGUAACUCAGCAACAUAAUGACUAGGUCAGUCCUGCAGAAUACAUGACCUGGAGCCAUUCUUAGCUGACUUUCUCAUACAAGGAAAAGAUAAGACAAAUGACACAUUUAAAGUCCCACCGAGCAUCACUGUUGGAAGGAGCAACAACAGAUGUAAGUUUUAAUCUACUGAUGCUGUGCAGCAAUGACUCCCAGCGUUAUACUGGCAACUGAUGUGAGCAGCUGUGAGCUCCAGGGCUGGGAAGAUGACAAAUUAGUUCGCUAAACUAUUCCGAAACUAAAGAUACAACAUGCUACCAAAUAAUACUUCCACAAAUGUAAUGGGAUCGCUUGACAAUACUCCAGAAUUUAUCUGGGGUAAUAACACUCUCAAUGGCACUUCUGCAGAUUCGCCUGGAAUUGCUAUCUUUAUCUCUUUUGUAUACUCCUUAGUGUGUAUCGUAGGAUUAUGUGGCAAUUCUGUAGUGAUCUAUGUUAUCCUGCGCUAUGCCAAAAUGAAAACUGCCACCAAUAUCUACAUUCUGAACCUUGCAAUUGCUGAUGAACUCCUUAUGCUGAGUGUCCCUUUCUUGGUGACUUCUACCCUUCUUCGUCACUGGCCGUUUGGCUCUCUGCUCUGUAGGCUGGUCCUCAGCUUGGAUGCUAUGAAUAUGUUUACUAGUGUCUAUUGCCUUGCUGUGCUUAGUUUGGAUCGCUAUGUAGCUGUGGUACAUCCUAUCAGUGCUGCCCGAUACAGACGGCCAAGUGUAGCCAAGAUGGUCAAUCUUGGAGUAUGGCUCUUUUCAAUCCUUAUUAUUCUUCCCAUUGUAGUCUUCUCCAGCACUGCACCUAACAGCGAUGGCACUGUGGCUUGUAAUGUGUUAAUGCCGGAACCAUCACAACGCUGGGUUGUUGUAUUUGUCCUGUACACUUUUUUGAUGGGCUUCCUCCUACCAAUGGCUGCUAUUUGUCUUUGCUACAUCCUUAUCAUCACAAAGAUGAGAGUAGUAGCCCUUAAGGCUGGUUGGCAACAGAGGCGUCGAUCUGAACGUAAACUCACACUUAUGGUGACUGUAGUGGUGACUGUUUUUGUAGUAUGCUGGAUGCCAUUUUACGUGGUUCAGCUAGUGGGAGUUUUUGCAAGGAAAGGUGACACUACAGUUAGCCAGCUUUCAGUUGCACUUGGUUAUGCAAAUAGUUGUGCCAACCCAUUCCUGUAUGGAUUUCUCUCAGACAAUUUUAAACGAUCUUUCCAAAAGGUACUCUGCCUCAGCUGGAUGGAGAAUGCCAACGAGGAACCCGUGGAUUAUUAUGCUACUGCUUUGAAAAGUAGAGCAUAUAGUGCCGAGGAGCUGCAGAAUGGCAUGUUGACCACAGGUGGUAUAUAUAGCAAUGGUACUUGUACAUCUAGAACUCAUUAAUUCAUUGACCUGUGCACAUAAGGACUGCCAUCUUCUUUUAAGUAGAACACAAUGCAUUGGUAAUGAUGUAGUAACAAGGGCAAAGUUUCCCUCAAUACAGUAACCAAUAACAGUAAUGUCCAACUAGCCUUUAAAGGCCUACACACAGCAGUACAGAGUCAGUUAGCGACUAACCUGCACCAAUGGCCAACAAAAUGCCUGAUUUGAAUUGCUUUGCCUGAGACGUUAUUAAAUAAUAAGCAGGCAGAAAUUAAUUUUUGGUUCCUUACACAAGCCAAUAUGUCUCAUGUCUGGCUAUAUACUGUAUGGGGAUCUAAAUGCUUUUAGAAUAUAAUGAAAACAACGUUUGUUGUGAGUUACAAGAAUGGGGCAAACUUUUCCCUGGCUACUUAAUUUCCAUCUACAAUUCUGUUAUAAAGACAGUAAAGUCCCUUAACAAUGUGCGUGAUUAGUAUACUAACAUUUGCGAAUACUCAAUAAAAGAUGUACACAUAUCUCUAGUGCCCACCUGGAGGCUAUGGGCAAUCACUGUUGUGCUGUAUUUAAUGAUGAGGAAUGACUGUAUAAAUUUGACCACUUUUUUUAGGCAAAACCCCAUUUGUAAAUACCAUACCAUAAGUACCAUAGGGAAAUUAUAUUGACAUUAUGUAUUAUGUCUGUACAGAGCGACACCUUUAUCGGGUGUUUGUACAGGUCUCACCACUCAUUUGCCCAGUGCAUGUAAAACAUGCACACAGUUCUCUCUCAGCAUUCAGUGUCUUGAGAUGCUAUGUGUAGUAUAAUUAAAGGUAAAUGUUGUCAGUGGAUCAAAUUGCUGUUCAUGUUCUCCCAGCAAUAUAAUUUUGGGGUUAGGAGUUGAGUUAUAUUCCCAUUUAUUAUAUGCUUUUUAUAUGUUGCAGAGGAUACUCUGAAUAAAAUGAAUAUAUUUCUUUUAUGUUCCCAA